AUAUUGUGUCCGUCUUGACGUCUCUGAGCUCACAGCUGAAACUCUCCGCGGACUCUGCUGUUGAGUAAACUGGGUUAAAUGUCGGAGUGUUUGUGCGGAGUCACGGUCCACAGUUAACUUCCCUCAGCGGCUCCUCAGGGUUAAACUGGCCGAGCUUUCAGACACUCAAAUGGGUGAAACGGAGGAGAGGAGCCCCGAUGGAGUCAGAUAUUACAGACUGUCAGAGGUGGAGGAGCAGAACACCUUCAAAUCAACGUGGAUCAUCAUCCACAACAAAAUCUACGAUGUCACCAAGUUUCUAGAAGAGCACCCUGGAGGAGAGGAGGUGCUGAGGGAGCAGGCGGGAGGAAACGCCACCGAGAGCUUUGAGGAUGUCGGACACUCGACUGACGCCAGAGAGAUGGCCAGCGACAUGGUGAUAGGAGAGCUGCACCCGGACGACAUCGAUAAGAUCAGCAAACCGGAGGAAACACUGUUGACCACUGUGAAGGAGGAGUCCAGCUUUUGGUCUAACUGGUUGAUUCCCGCUCUGGCAGCCGUCAUUGUCACGCUGAUGUACCGCAUGUACACCACAGACAGCGAGUGACAUCAUCAGCGUCGAUCAUGCCGCUUUGAUAUCACCAACGUACACGGCAGUCAAAUCCCCGAAGUUCUGAUUGACAGCUGCAGCAGCCAAUGGCAGCGUGUGGAUGCUGUGGCUCCUCCCAGCGUAGAGCGACGGACCGUCGAGGAUCCGAUAAGUGGAUUAAAAACAUUCUCGGAGGGAAACUUCUGUUCUAGGAUCAAUAACUCUACGCUGCCUCUCGCCUGUCACAGCACUACAAUACCCAAGAUUGAUUUCAUGCUCUUUAAACAACCGAUCAUGUGGUAUUAUGCUAAUGAAGUCAUUUACCUUGUUGAAUUUACCAGAUUUUAUAAAAUCUUUAUCAUUUGAAAUCUUGUAGAAAUGCAGUGGGUGUAUAAUUUGUUGUAUCUUUUUAUAUCUUUGUAACUGAAUGUAACACAAUAUAAAUAUGUAAUCAGCAGCUAAUCAUGAUGUCAUCACACUGCAGUCAUGUGACUUUGCUCAGAUCUAUUGUUAAUAUGCAGAAGAUCAUAACAUGCAAUACUGAAUUGUUUUAUAUUUGUAUUGAUUGAGGUCAUUGACGUGAAUAUGAAUGAAGUACAAUCCUGAGUCUUCAAGAAGAAUCUGACCAAAUCCAAUUUCUUUUAUUUAAGGCUCAUCUGCUGCAGAGAAAUAAUUACAAAAUGCUAAAAUCCAACUGUUAACAUUUCUACUUUUUAAACUGUAAGAAGCUGCAGUUAUUUCUUACAGAGAAUGUAUGAAGUCUUUAACAACCUGGAUCGGUUUUGCCAUAAACCGGCUGGUGCCUUUGCCUAAAUAUAACUUUUAUUGUUCGCCUUCUUUUAGAUUUUGCUUUUGAUGGUUUGGUUAAAGAUAAGAUUUGUUCAAAAAUGUGGUGAGACUCUGUUGGUCCUUGCAGUAAAGCUGUUUCUAGCAAAGACAACCAACCUGUGAAAAUAUCUGUCUGGUUGUAAAAUUUUACUAUAAAGCACAACCACAAAGA